ACCGACAUGGCUGCAUUUCAAUGUAAGCGCUUUGUAUGUUCUUUGUGUAAGACUAGCAAAUGCUGCAAUAGUAAUGUAUAGCUAUGGUCCGCUGGCGACAAUUCAUAAGCGCGCGAGGACGACGACAUAGCGACGUUUUGUCGCGGACUAUUAUGACAAAACUAUCGUCUAGAGCAAUAUAGUAAACGCCGCGGGUGGCGCUUUGCACUCAAGCGCGAUAGCCGGGAGCCAUGGAGGACGCGAAGUCCGUCCGCUAUGUCUCCAAAGACCCCAUCCAAAACCUCAAGAUCCAAGUUACCUUGUGGCGUUUGAGUGUUCAGAGGCCCCAAGUCACUCUCAACAACGCUGCGGUCGCGAACUCGGCUCAAGCCCAAAUCCAAGCUCAAACCGAAGCACAUGUCCAGUCAUCCCUGCAGCAGCAACUCCAACAACAACCCUUUCCACAGCCCCAACCCCAACCUCAGCCUCCCCAGCAGCCGUACAAUGCCGCCCUGGGACCGCUAUCAGGCGGUGUCACAUCCACCGGCCAAGCCCCUGAUCCCCAGACACCUGCGGGCAUUGCGGCAGCUGCGGCAGCAGCAGCUGCUGCCUCCGCCGCAGCCUCAGCAGUUGCGGGAGGCAGCACCGGUGCCGCGGCCGAUCAACAACAAGCGGCUGCAGCAGCCAUGCAACAACAACAGCAGCAGUUGAUGCUGCAACAGCAGCAGCAGCAAUACCAGCAACAAAUGUUGUUCCAACAACAACAGCAGCAGCAACAAAUGCUGAUGCAACAACAACAGCAGCAGCAGCAGGCGGCUUACAUCAGCAACCCGCAGUGGCAGCAGCAGCAGCCCCGGGCCCCGGGAGCACAUCCUCCGCCUCCCCCCCAGGCCGGCCAAGCAGUGGCCGAAUCCUACAACGACCACCUAACGCCGCCUCUUCUUCCCGCUCCCUUUGCUGCUGCCACCGCUGCUGCCGCGGCUGCUCCUCCUCAACCUCCUCAUCCGCCUGCUGCGGCUGCUGCUGCUGCCGGGUUUGGCAGGAGCUCAUCUUCUUCUCAGCGCCAGAGGAUGGGGCCGGGGCAGGUUGCUAGCGCUGUCACAGCAGCAACAGCAGCGAGCGGCGUGCAGCAGCAUCAGAAAGGGCAGGGAUACCAAUCGCACACAUGGAAUCCUCAUCCUCGUCUUCAGCAGCACCCUGCAGCAGCUGCAACAGGAACAGCCGGGGCGCCAGCAGCAGUCGCGGAUCCGUUUGCCUGGGUCAGCAGUGGUGGCUAUGGUGGUGGUGGAGGCGGUGGACGACCCAUGGGUCAGCCGCUGGGGGAAGCUGUGGAGCACCCAGGGGGUGGCUACGGUGGCGGCCCAGAGGGGUACGGAGCACCUGCAGCAGCAGCAGCGGGAGCAGGUGGUGCAGGUGGUGGGGGUGGAGAUGACCUCGAGCCGGAGGAGGCCGGGAGAGGAGCAGCAGCAGCGGGCGGAGGGGGCAGGGCGCCCCGGAGGCGGAGAGGCGGUCAGCUGCUGAUGCAGCCGCCUGCACACCCGGAGCAGGAACAACAGGAGGGAGCGGGAGGAGGUGGAGGAGGAGCCGCGGGUGCUGCUGCUGCUGCUGGGCCUGAGCAGCAGCAGCCGGCAGGGGGCGACGGACCCAUGGGUCACCAGCAACAGCAGCUGCAAACCCCCCAGCCCCAGCAACCUCAGUUGCUGAUCCCGCCCCAGCCGGUGGGCAGCUACGUGCCGUACGGCAGUCUGGGUCCGGGGAGCCACAUGGGGCCGGGGGGGCAGCUGCCGGUGGUGCUGCCCACCACCCCGCACCACCUGCUCCCCGAGAAGUUCAGCACCAGUCGUGUGUUCGGGUGGCAGGAGAAGGUGUACAGCCGGGGGGAGGUGGCGGCAGCGCAGGCGGCAGCGGCGCUAGCAGCGGGCGCCACCCUCUCCCCCCCCAUGGUGCCGCCGGGCGGAGGAGGGGAUGCAGGUGCUACUGCGGCUCCCUCCCGGCGGCUGCGGGCGCUGGGGUCGCAGAGCGCACUGUACAACAAACACCUGGACCCCCGCACGCCCGGCUCGCUGCUGUUCAGCUACGUGCAGACGGACGAGUUCUGCGACGCGCAGGAGCUAGGGCGCACCGUGACCACCAGCGGAUACGAGGGAGAGAAUGUGUUGGUCACCAAGCUGCUGGGUAACGCCAAGGGCCGGCAGCAGGUGCUUUCCUUCCGCUCCAUGUACAUCGUGGCGGACCUGGGGGGGGAGGGGGAGCCGGCGGGGGCCAACGACAAGGUCCUCGUUUCCAUCCGCGCCUACCCCGACGGUUCCUUCGACAUGUGCCCCGCCUUCUCGCGACCCACGGGUCACCGCUACCGCUUCGAAGACCGCCACGGCGCCAUCUACGAAUACGUCGUACAGUCCGCCAGCCCCGCCUCCCAACACGAGCUGGGCGGGGGAGGGGUGGGGGGUGGCGGGGCGCUGGAGCGGCGGGCGGCCAAGCUUGAGAGGGCGGUGGUGGCGAGGGCGGAGGAGCUGAGGAGGGCGGCUUUGAAGACGGACUUUGAGAAGCCGCCUGCCUCGGGCGCCACCCGGCUGCUGCUGCUGGGUGAGAUCCAGGCGGCCGCUGACUUCCCGCUGGACCGGCUGUACGUG